UUCAAGAACGUAACAAAUGGUUAGAGCUAUAAGGAUGAAAGGCAGUCCUAAAGGUCUCUUGUGGUAAGGAACAGACUCAGUUUCCCUUUGGGACAGUUGAGACAGGUCGAAUCCCACCCACUAAUACAUAUUUUGGAUUUAACCGUGGUCCUUACUUUUGUGUCUAAUGGCAGACAAUGACACGAAAGACCCCCCUCCUCCAUACAGCUCUCUGGAACCACAGCCCCCUCUUAUGACCUAUGAACAGGUGAUUCAUGACAUCAACAAUGACGUCACCCAUAAAACUGUGCCAUACUAUGUUGAAAAGGAGCCUGUGAAACUAGAAGCCAUCAUUGUUACGCAGCACACUGUGUUGCAAGGCAAGAACAAGAGUCAGGGGGGCUGCAGCCAGAAAACCAAGUGUUUAGUUGGAUGGUUAGUUGUACUUUUGUUGCUUGUUGGCAUUGGAUUGGCCAUUGGGCUUGGAGUGCAUUAUGGAUCCAAACAGAACUCAGGCCAUCAAAGUGAAUGCAAUGGAAACGAUUGCUCUAAUGGCAAUUAUGACGAUCAAAAUGAUGGUGCCGAUGACAACGAUGGUGACAAUCACGGUGGUGACAGCAAUCAAAACGAUGACGACGAUCAUGAAGACAAGAAUCAUAUUCCUGAUAUCUGCUCUAACUCCAAUCUGAAAUGUGACGGCAUCAAAAACUGCCAACAGCCCAGUGAUGAGACCGACUGUGUAAGAUUUGGUGAAGGGGGAGUUCUGCAGGUCAAAACUGCUCAGGAAGGACAAUUCCUCCCUGUGUGUUAUCAGGGUUUGGAUAAAAGUUACGCUGAUCAGAUCUGUGCCCAGCUGGGUUUCAGAAGCUCCUAUUCAUCCAGUCCAGUGCAAGGUUACACUUCUGCAGGUCUAACUUUAGAACCAAUAGCAGACAAGCUUAUACAGGGUCUGGUCAAUGUCAGCUCAAGCUGUCCGGAUGAGAAAGCUGUCUCGCUCCAGUGCACCGAUUGUGGCAAGCAGCAGAUUGCCUCCAGAAUUAUAGGGGGCAGUAUCUCUAAUCCUGGCCAGUGGCCUUGGCAGGUCAGCCUGCAUUUCGAAGGCCAACAUGUUUGUGGUGGAUCCCUCAUCUCUCCAGACUUUGUGGUGUCAGCUGCCCAUUGCUUCAAAGGCGCAAUGAAAAAUGCUGUAAGCUGGCUUGUAUAUCCCGGAGCUAUUUCCCAGCUUAACCUUCCGACCGCCUACCUGGUGAAGACGAUUACAGUGCAUGAGAGUUACAGUAGUGAUACUAAUGACUAUGACAUUGCAUUACUGAAACUCACCAGGCCUGUGGACUUCUCCACUACUGUGCAGCCAAUUUGUCUUCCUACAUUUGACCAGAUCUUUUCUGGAAAUCAAGAGUGCUGGACAUCUGGCUUUGGCACAACAACACAAGGGGCAGAUCAUGCCUCUUCAAGUCUCAUGGGUGUGAAGGUGAAUAUCAUUGACACGAAUUUGUGCAACAGCACCAAAGUCUAUGGAGGGGCCAUCUCCAACAACAUGAUAUGUGCUGGUGAUCUGAAUGGGGGUCGGGACUCCUGUCAGGGGGACAGUGGAGGUCCAUUGGUGUGCAAGGCACAAAAUCAGCAAUGGUAUCUGUCAGGGAUUACGAGUUGGGGAGCAGGCUGUGGAGAAAAGAAUAGACCAGGAGUAUAUAGCAGAUUGACCAGCCUUCAAUCCUGGAUCUAUAGCACCAUGCAGGAAGAGAAACCCUAAUGCCUCUCUUGUGCAUCAUGCGUCCUCUUUGAGCCUUUGAAAAAUGGGAGUGGACACACAGAAUUACAACUUUUAAGCUACACGGUGGAUUGAAGAAUAUACUAAUGCACUUUGACUUGGGACAGUAGUGCAAUACUGUAGCCAUAAUCGAUGCCAACAAUUGUCGUAAAAAUGUUGAAAAACAAGUAACCUGAGAUAUCAAAGCUGCAGGCGAAGAUAGACCUGUGGCUAUUUCUUUCCAUAAACUACCUUUUCUUUGUAUUUAUAUGGCAAAUUUACUAUGCAUACAGUCGAAUCUGAGCCUUCACUCUUUAAAUGAACAGGAUACUUGCACUGAUUUUUUUUUACAACAUGUGUUUAUUGGGGUGCUUUCCCGGGCAUGGACUAGCUUAAGCCAGGACUAGGCCUUAGAUUAAUUAGGAAAUCAAACUAGUUUUAACAAACAUGCCUUAGCCAUUUUGAGGUGAGACAACGGUCACUGAUGUAUUUUAAGAUAUGCCAGUUCAAAAUGUUUUCAGUUUGGACAGCUCUUACAUUUAUUUUAGUCUAGGACUAGUCUAAUCCCUGUCCGGGAAACCGCCCCAAAAAAGUAUUGUUUCUGAAUCUAAUGCACUCUUCUACAAAUCUGUAUUUAAUAACCGAAGGGGUGUUCAUUUUAUUUGUAAACUGGUGUCUAUAAACUACAAUGAAAUGUAAAUGAAUUUAUGAGAAGAAUCUUAAAGGGAUAGUUCACCAAAAAAAAAGAAAAGAAAAAAUGUCAUUAUUUACUCACAUUCAUGUAAUUUGAACCCCAAAUAUAUUUCUUUGUUAUUCAUAACAAAUUCUGUUUAGUAAAACAUGUUUCCACUCUUUGUAAACCCUACUGAAAAAUCCAGCUAAGACCAGCAUAAGCUGGUAACAUGCUGGUGGGCCAAAUGGUCUUCCAGCCUGACCAGCUAAGUCCAGUAGACCAGCUUAAAAAGUGACCAAAAGCUUGCUACACCGGCAAAACCAGCUUCCUACACCAGCAAAACCAUGCUGGAGACCAGCUAAAACCAGCUCACCAGCUUAUGCUGGUCUCAGCUGGAUUUUUCAGUAGGGAAUAAUUUUUUGGGUGAACUAUACCUUAACUUUAGUACAGUAAAUACCUCCAUCUUUGUAUAUCUUUUCAUAUUAUAAAUAAUGCGACAAGCACAUACAAGUUGAUUUUUUAUGUUUUGUAUGUUUUAAACUGUUUAAAAAUACGAAUUACAUGUAUAUAUUAAAAUGUUUAGUAAACAAGUAAACGAAAUACUUUAUCACACUG